UGUUCUUACAUCUGUCACUUGUUAAAUUAGUUUGAGACAAUUAGAGUAGAGUACCAGACCAGAUCACACCGACAAACAUAUUCACAACGUACAAUUACGGAAACAGUUUACAAUUAAAGUCAAGUUUUGACUGGUGAAAGUAUGUGUGUGUGUGUGUGUGUGGUGUUGUGACAUAUGCUCGGUAGAAGUGUCUACUUGUUGUCUGUAUGCAUUUAAUUACGUCAAUGUCAGAUACAUUUUUUUUAAAGUCUCAUAUAAAUGUUGCUACUCAAUGGAUUAUUUUCAUAAUCCAUUGAUUAGAGAUGUUUCGAUACAUGAACUUGCGUAUCUGCUGAUACCGAGUACGGAUCCGAUAUCUGUGCGUUAUUAAAACAAAAAUAUAAACUUUAUUACAAUUGUUACCUGCAUGACACUUGAGCUCUGCAUGUGGCAUCCAAAGCAUUAAGAAGCAGUGAGCUUCAACAUGCAGACAGUAAGAGCCGGGGAUCGAACCGCCAACCUCGUGGCUAUAAACGACCCGCUCUGCCGACUGACACCUUAUACUGAACCUGUGUGGAUGUGACGGGAUUGCUGCCAUUUGUUUUAAGGCCUGACUCAAGUGAAACCCUUCUUAAAACAUGAACACACCACCUGCCCGAUCGCUACUGAGCAUGUGCAGCUCUGAGCAAAGAAGAGAAGAACGCGAGAUGUCUCACUCGUUUUCAGCUCUCGUCAAAUCUUGAAUUCAAAUGUAAGUCACAGACGGUGAAUUCGUUUUUUCCAUUUUUCUGGAACAGGAUUUGUCAACUUCAUAAAAAGGUUGCAGUAUCUGAAUGCUGAAGAGAAUCCUCUUUCAUGGAUUCAUGUGAAUGUGAAUGUGAGGCCUUGCUGCGUGUUUGUCCCUCAGAGACAACAAGCAACGACAGCCAGAUCUGUUUUUGUGACGAAGCUGGCUCCUCUCUUAAACUUUACUGGUUACCUUCCAGAGCUCCGAUUGCAUCAGUCGGAGCGGCAGAUUACACAUAUUUUACGCCAUCAAAGUAUUACCGGCUGCCUUUGGCCGACGGCUGGGCCAAGCUGCGCAUAUGCUCCGCGAUUAAGCAUCCUUAAGUGAUUUUUCAUAGCCGGUUUCAUUUACCCGUGUUUAAAUGUGCUUUGGUUAAGCCCAUUGGCCUCUUAUGUCAACAUGCUGCUGAGGAGAUGGCAUUAAAUGGAUUUAGGCGACCGUGUGUGUGUGAGAGAGAGAGAGAGAAUGUGUGUGUGUGCUGUAACAUGUGGUGGGUUUAUUUUAUGCUUGUGGGUGUGUGUGUAACUGAGAAUGUAUAAAGAAUGGUUGCAGGCUUGCAUGUAUGAAUGUCGCAAUCUGUGCAUGUGUGUGUGUGUGUGUGUCUAGAGGGUAAAUAUGAAUGUGUGUGUGUGUGUGUGUGUGUGUGUGUGUCUGGACCGUGUAUUGGGGUGGGUCAUGAAGGUCUGGCCCUUAAUGCCAAAUCAGCCACCUGGUCCCAGAUUGGGCCACAGUCUGGUUUUCGUAUCCCCUCCUUCAUUUGGGAAUGAACGGGAUUAAACCUAAUCCCGUUCAUAGACACCCAUAGAGAUCAAUACAAAACUACUUUUAACUUGAUUUGUCUGUAAUCUAGAACAAAGGCGCUUACUAUUGCAUUAAAACGUUGUUUCGGAAAGCCGAGGCUUCGUUAAUGGCUGUAAAUGUUUAAGCUUUGAACCAGUUUUAUUAUUAAUAAUAAGGACACACCGACUGUAUUGACCUGAUUUAAGAUGCUCGUUUUUCUGCAUUUUUCAAGCGACGUUAAACUUCCCCUCGUGACUAUUUGCAUAUUAAUUUGAAAUUUACACACAACAGGAUGAUUUGAAGUGUAAUCACACCGACACGUCUAUAAAUACACACACGCCACGCUUAAUUGGCGGUUAGAUUUCUAAAUCUCGGGGUGCAGCCUUACUCGUUCAACUCAAAGCAGGAUAUCUGAGAGACAUGUGUAACAACCCCCCCCCCCCUCCUUUCCAUUUAAUUGGUUUCAUAAACAGAUUAAUUUGAAGGAGAGGGGGGCUUAAUUGCUAAUCGGCGUUUCCAUGCAGCUCCUGAAGAGUUGAACAGGAUCAAGUGUGUUCUUCUACCACAAAAAGGCCUUCAGAGCCUCCAGUGCUCUACAAAGAAUCCAGGAAGCAGCAGAGAGGAGAAGAGAGGAUGCAGACGAAAUUAAGUGACGGGGAAAGAAAAAGUAAGAGAGAGGAGAGAGGGACAAAGACCGACACUUCUGUCCUCCCACUCCAAACUAAUCAAAACUAAAUACUACGGGUACGACGGGGGAAAUGAUAAAUGUUUUCUGCAGUAAAAUGACGUAAAAACAUCGAGGGGAACAUUUAGAAAACAUCAGAAUAGAAAUGUCACUGUCGAGUGCACAGACGUCAGAGAAAAGAGCUUGUUGAUGUUGUUUCCCAUCAGAAGAGCAACAAAAAGAUUCACGAAACACAGAAAACACAGGAUUUAUUGCCGUAAAACUUCUGCUGUGUUUCCAUGAAACCACUACGUGAAUUUAUGUUUCCAUCAACUGUGUGAAUGUUGAGCGUCCUUCAGUCAAUCAAUCUACAGAAUAUGUGGAAAACGCAGUUAUACAUUACUCUUAUAUAUAAUCUUUAUCAGUUAUCCAGUGAGGGAUGGAGCCUCCAACACAGAACCUUCAAAAUAAAAGUACACAACCAAAUCACAGUCUCAAAAGUGAGGAUGAAAUGUUCACCAGGGGAGACCAUUCAACACUGUGAAUACAGUUAGAAACGACUAAACCUUUUUCAACCCUUUAACAACGGACUGCGGGAGGUUGUUGUUUGCAUGAUGCUGUUUAAAUCCAUUUCAAAUGAAACAUCAUCACAGCUUCAGCAUUCUUUCUUCUGCAGUGGAAAGCUGAGGCUUCUGCCUUUUGCGUCGCCAGCGUUAUGGACUCGUGAUGACAUUAUGUGCAGCAUGUAAUUAUGCAAACAAAUACCAAUGCAGGCACUGAGGAAAUACUUUAUAUUGCAGAUGAAACUAUCGAUACCUUUACUCUGAAAACGUGCAUAACUCAAAUAACUCAUGGGUAUUUUGUUCAUGUCUCUACAUUUAGAAAUCUUAUGGAUCAACAUGCUUUGUGUGUUUUAUUUAGUCACAUCUGAUGUCAAGAUUUUUGUAUAUUUCUAAUUAAUGACACAAUUUCAAUACUUGUAUGAAUUAUAAUGACUUACAAAGCCUUUGAGCUUAGGUUGUGUAGUUUUUAGGGAUAUGAAGCAAUUGAAAAUACAACUUUAGGCACCGGAGAACCAGUAACUGUAAUUCUAUAAACUCAAACGGUGAAUUCAUUCCUCUUAAAUGUAAGAUUCUGAGAUUGUAGUCUCCAUGAAAGUUAAAGUUCUGGGUCCCACAUUGACCAAUUAAUCCAUCCAUGAAUGUUUGUUCUCCUUUUAUUUAGAUUGCUUCCUGUAUCCUGAUUCAAGGCUUCAUGUUUUUCAUAAAAACACAGAUGGAAGGUGUUGAUAUUUAAGGACACGGUGAACUCGUCAACGUGCCGUUGUUUUUGUUUGUCUUCAGUGACAUUUAUGGUGAUGUCAUUCCCAGCGGUGCUCAGCGAUAGGCUGAUUCUGCUAUCCUUCCUGGAGCAGAGCCAAGUGGCUGCAGUCCACCUCAACCAGAAGAACCAGGACUCCCCAGAGACCGGCAGGCGAACAGAGAAACUGUCUCUCUCUGAAAUUAAGGUGGUGUGUGUGGAGGCCAGUGGGCGUGGCCGAAGGCUCCGCAGACAGGUGCGCCUCAACCGUGUGCAGGAUGUGGCGCUCUGCUGGUGGGACCUGGACGAGCUCGAUGACGAGCCGUGGACCUGGACCCCCACAAACACGCAGAGGAACAACCUGGUGCUGCUCAGCUGCUCGCCUGCUGAAGGCCUCAAGGUCCUCGGCUCCCUCCGGACUGAAGGAAACCCUCUGGACUGCCGCUUCAGCGUUCUCCAGCCCUACCAGCUGCUGACGGUGGAGCUUCCUGCACCAGGCCCCAGAUUCACAGAGGGGUCCCGGGCCGACGCCUGCGUCUACGAAUGUGCACGAGGGCGCCUGCACCGCCUGUCCGUCACCCGCAUCCCGCUGCCGUCCCGUCCUGUCUCCUGCUCGCGUCACCCCUCUGAGACCACGCUCCUCCUGGGCCUCGCCGACUCCUCCUUGGUGCUGUACGACCAGCGACGGGGUGUCUCACUGCUGGCCUCCUGCCCCGUGCAGCCCACCCUCCUGGCCUGGCACCCUGCUGGGGCCGUGGUCCUGGUAGGGGGAGAGCAGGGGGAGCUGAUAUGCUUUGAUGUGGGCUUGGCACCUGUUAGCAUGGCACUGGUAGCGGAGGAGGUGGCUCCAGCCGCCACGCUGAGACUAGCCGAGCACCUGCGCUGCUGUGGAGGUCUGGAGGGACUGCAGUGGGCCACGGGCCUGGAGGGAGGCAUGCUGAUGUUGGCCUUUCACGGGGGGCCGCUAGCAGCUCUGAGAUUCAGACUAGGAGCUCUGACCGGAGGACAGAUGGGUCCCGGUGAGCUGCUGCAGCAGCGGCUGCGUUGUGGUCAAGUCAAAGAGGCGCUGGGCGUCCUGGAGGCCAUGGACUGGAGCACCACGGGAGACGAAUGCUACCGAGGCCUCGGCUCAGUCACGAACCACCUGCUGAGGCUGCAGCUGAACGCAGACAGAGAGGCCCAACUAGAAGCAGCUCUGGGUGUGUUUUACGCUCCGCCUGCUCCUCUCUCUGAUGUCGUGAUACUCGAGUACAGGGAGCCAAUCAGCAAGUGCGCCCGCCGUUUUUUUCACCACCUUCUCAGACACCAGCGCUUCGAGAAGGCCUUCCUCCUCGCCGUAGAUCUAGAAGCCAGAGAUUUAUUCAUGGACCUCCAUUAUGUUGCCAGCGAUAAGGGCGAGGUGGUGCUAGCGGACGUGGCCAAGAGGAAAGCUAAUGAAAUCGAGGCUCAGACCAUCGCAGGCAACGAAGAUCCUCUGAGAGGCAGAAAUGGUGUGUUGUUUGGUUCCAGCCUCGGGGACGGACAGACGGAGAGGAACCAGAGUGCAUCAGGACCUUCGUACCCAGAAACUCCCACAAUACAUGCUGAUGGGAGAGCCAAUCAGAGGAGACCACAGGCAGAGAGCGGUCAUGUGACUGUGAGCCCAGACGUGUUCAGGACACUGAGACAAACAGGAAGCAGCGACGCUGACGCUGACGUCGGGAAUGACGGCGGAGACCUCGGGUUGCUUCAUGUCGUUCAUCUAGGAAUGGUUUGAAGAAACCAACUAAGAGACACAACAACAUUUCACCAAUAACAGACUUUCUUUAUCUGCAUGUUUAUAUGUGGAGGACUCACCUGUAAUAAUACCUGGAUAGAGCAGUUGACUGAUAUCUGAUAAAAGAGGAAUACAAUACAUGUGUUUUACGUAAACACAUUAGUUUUCUAUUAGCACUUUUGUUAGUAAGUUGUACAAUUUUAACUUUUAAAAAAAGGAUCUGAACUGUGACAUUUGGAGGUGAAUUCAGGUUAUUUUCUGUCUUAGUGAUGUCUUCACCAAAUGAACCUUGAAAGAGAAAUGGUUACGCCUGAAAACGUUUUAAACCUUUUCAUUAAUCAGCCUGAAAAAAUAAAAUAAAGACUUGUAUUAUACUUCCA